GGGCCCGGCCGUGCCGCCGCCCCCCGGGCAGGCAGCGGGGCGGGCGCGGGGGGCGGCGGCGGCGGCAGGAUGUACGGAUUUAUAAAUACAUGCCUGAAGUCUUUGGUGGUUGAAAAGUAUGGUGAAGAAACAUGGGAAAAAUUAAGACUGCAGGCCAGAGUCCAGGAUUCUUUCUUGACUUUUGAGGUUUACAAAGAUGAGAUCACAAUGCAGCUCAUCGACCAAGCCUGCAAAAUAUUAGGUGUUCCUGCUGACAUGGUUCUGAGAGAGUUUGGAGAGUAUUUCUUUGAGUUCUGUAAACGCUCAGGCUAUGACCACAUGCUGAGGACACUGGGUGGAAAUCUCUACGAAUUCAUAGAGAACCUGGAUGCAUUGCACAGCUAUCUGUCCCUUUCUUACCAGGAGAUGAAUGCACCAUCUUUUAGAGUAGAAAAGAAUGAAGACGGGUCAAUGCAUUUACAUUACUAUUCAGACAGAAGAGGUCUGUGCCAUAUUGUGCCAGGAAUCAUUGGUGCAGCAGCCCUGGACUUUUUUAACAUUGAGAUUUCAAUGGAAAUAGUCAAUCAAACAGAGGAAGAAGAACGAACUGGUAAAAAAGAACAUAUUGUUUUUCUUGUCACUCAAAACCCUGUAUUUUCAUACAAGGAAAGAAAUAAAUUUUCUUCCUCACCUCAAUAUCUUGCUGACUCUGAAAAACAAAUUGAGAACCAACUGAAUAAAGAGGACCUUGAAAAAGCCAAGAAUACAAUUAGAGACAGAGGAAGCUCUGUUUGUCCUGUCAAGAAAAGUCACUGGAAAACAAUAAGAGGAAUAAUUACAUUAGGAAAAGGUAAGCUCCUGAGAGGAUUUGAUCCUGUUUAUCCCAAGAGCCUCUGGAUUGAUACAAAAACAUUUUGCAAUGGACUUCCUUUUCAUAUGGUUUUUGACAAAGAGCUCAGAGUGAAGCAAGCUGGGGUGAGCAUUCAAAAGAUUGUACCCGGCCUUCAGACCAUGGGCAUCUGCUUGGAUCACUAUUUCAGUAUCGUUCACCCAGAAGUACCCUUCACCAUCUCUAGCAUUCAGAAAUUCAUCAACAGCCAAUUUGUUUUCCAGACUAGAAGAGAGAUGAUGCCAGAGUCAUGGAAACAACGGCCAAUGCUAGAGCUGAGAGGCCAGAUGAUCUGGAUGGAGUCCCUGCAGUGCAUGCUCUAUCUCUGCUCACCUUUGCUUCGCACUUUGCAUGAACUGGAGGAGCGACAGAUGCAUAUUGCAGACAUUGCACCUCACGACGUGACCAGGGAUUUGAUUCUUCUCAAUCAGCAGCGUCUGGCAGAGAUGGAGCUCUCUAACCAGCUGGAGAGGAAGAAGGAAGAACUGCGGGUACUGUCGAAGCACCUGGAGGAAGAGAAGAAAAAGACUGAAGCUCUGCUCUACGCCAUGCUUCCUCAGCACGUGGCCAACCAGCUGAAAGAGGGGAAGCGAGUUGAGGCAGGAGAGUUCAAGGAGUGCACUAUAUUGUUCAGCGAUGUUGUGACCUUCACCAACAUUUGUGCCCAAUGUGAGCCUAUUCAGAUAGUCCUCAUGUUAAACUCAAUGUACCUGCGAUUUGACAGACUGACCACAGUGCAUGAUGUGUACAAGGUGGAGACAAUUGGAGAUGCCUAUAUGGUGGUAGGUGGUGUCCCUGUGCCUGUACCCACCCAUGCUGAGCGAGUUGCUAACUUUGCCUUGGGGAUGAUAAUAGCAGCUAAAGGAGUACAGAACCCAGUUUCUGGAAAUCCUAUCCAAAUUAGAGUUGGGAUCCAUACAGGUCCUGUCUUGGCUGGAGUUGUUGGAGAAAAGAUGCCUCGUUAUUGCUUGUUUGGAGACACGGUGAAUAUAGCUUCCCGGAUGGAGAGUCAUGGUGUCCCGAGUAAAAUUCACCUAAGCUCCAGUGCCUAUCAAUGCCUAAAAUAUAAGAAUUUUGAGAUGACUGAAAGAGGAGAAAUAGAAGUAAAAGGCAAAGGGAAAAUGCACACAUACUUCCUCAUUAGAAAUAGAACUGCAACUGAGAAUGAGAUUAUGGGAAGGCCAAUGAAAGACUUAGGUUCUGGCCAUGAAUCUGUUCAGUCCUUUCAAGAAGGCAGGACUGAAACAAUACCAAGUUGUCAUCAGCCAGUUACUCAGACUCAGCCAGAGAAGGACCAGACCCCAGCCAUUGCAAUGAAGUAUAUUGAUGGCCCCACAGAUGCACAAAACAGCCUCCAAAGAAGAAAUCAAGCAAAAAUUGCAGAUUUAACAGGCAAAACUUACGAUUCCAAAAGUGAUGGGAGUCUCCAUGGCAACCAGCAUGCAGAUGAUGGUCCUUGUCCUCUAAACCGGGGAAGAGUCAAACCUGCUACUGAAGAGCCACAGAUUAGAAACAUUCGCUCUAAUUUUUGCACUUUACUCUAA